ACUCCUCGGCACUCUCCGUUUUCAUUUCGCCCCCGCCGAAAUCCCAGUACUGCUCUCAUUACCCUUCAAAAUCUUAACCCUAGCCCCCGCAGUCGCCGCCAACCAUGCCGCCAAAGUUCGACCCGACCCAAGUCGUCGACGUCUUCGUUCGAGUCACUGGAGGCGAAGUCGGAGCUGCCAGUUCCCUCGCGCCCAAAAUCGGCCCUUUGGGUCUCUCCCCCAAAAAAAUCGGUGAAGACAUCGCCAAAGAAACCGCCAAGGACUGGAAGGGCUUACGUGUCACCGUCAAACUGACCGUCCAGAACCGUCAAGCCAAAGUCACCGUGGUUCCCUCCGCCGCAGCGUUAGUCAUCAAGGCAUUGAAGGAGCCCGAGAGGGAUCGUAAGAAGACAAAGAAUAUUAAGCAUAAUGGGAAUAUUAGCCUCGAUGAUGUGAUCGAGAUUGCGAAAGUGAUGAGGCCCAGAUCCAUGGCUAAGGAUUUGAGAGGAACUGUGAAGGAGAUUUUGGGAACUUGUGUUUCUGUUGGGUGUACGGUUGACGGGAAAGACCCUAAAGAUCUGCAGGAGGAGAUUUCUGAGGGAGAAGUUGAUGUUCCCUUGGAGUAAACAAAAAAAACAAAAGAAAGUGAGGGUUUUUGGUUAUUAUUGUUUUUUUAUGUAACCUUUUUUUUUUAUAAGUUUUUGGAUAAUUUUUCAAAAUGAUGAUGAUUAAGUCUCCUAAGGGGUUUAAUGAUGAUGAAA